AAUUUUCUGCUGAUUCCUCCUGUAGUCGAACUUUUCCUACCAGGGACAAGAUUAUUUCCUGUGUGUGCCAUUAAUUGCUCUAUCCCGGCCCAUUUGGACGGAAAGUUGUGCGUAGUUUGUGAAGAUUUCCGUAGCACAGGGAGUGUGAAAGUUCGUUAAGAAAAUUGUGAAAUUAUAGGUACAGCAAGAAGACGACUAUAGUUUUCCAUCAGAGUUGUGUUGUUGUUUCUGCUUGCUGUUGUUGGAGGAACACCGUCUUGGGAGAUAAUGAUGAUUCAUAGCAGUCGUACCCCGCUGGAUGUUAUGUUUUCAGUCUGCCUUUGACGACGCUGCUUAGACUGUGUAUUGUUGGUUAAUUUGAUUGUGUGUUGAAUCGACCGACGACUAUUUUAGCAGGCAAGGCCAGGAAGGACGUGUGUACGGGGUUUGGGUGCGGUGUGUGUGUUCUGACGCGUAGAAAAAGUGCUGUUUGUCAUCAGAUAUCGGACCCAUCAGUGAGGAAAAUAAAAUAAAGCAGAAAAGCCAGGCUAGCAAAGCCCGAAAAGUGCUCCUGCACCUUUGUUGCGAAGAGUGUCUAGAGUAGUACUCGACGACGAAGAAAACUAGUAGAGCUGAUCGCUUAUAAUCAAUGUUUUCUGGUGCCUGGUUAGGCAACGAAAAAAGAAGUGCUCGUGAAAGUGUGAAAUUGAUUUGGAGCAGAUCGAAUCGUCAGUAGGAAAAGUACAAAGUGUCUAUCUGGCUGAUUGUGCUUCAGUGUAUUCAGCUAGAGUAACUACAACAGCUGUGUCCGCGAGAUGGCUUCGUUCUUUAAUGUGGGUGCCCUUGGGGGUAACCCGUUUUCAACACCGGUCGGGCAAAGAAUUGAACAAGCCACAGAUGCCAGUUUGGCGUCGGAAAAUUGGGCAUUGAAUAUGGAAAUUUGCGACCUGAUAAACGAGUCCUCGGACGGGGCGCGGGACGCUAUGAAAGCGAUCCGGAAGCGUCUGGUACAGAAUGCCGGCAAAAACUACACCGUAAUCAUGUACACACUGACCGUGCUGGAAACGUGCGUUAAAAACUGCGGCAAAGCGUUCCACGUACUCGUUGCCAACAAGGAAUUUGUGCAAGAGCUGGUAAAACUAAUUGGACCGAAGAAUGACCCACCGCCCAUAGUGCAGGAAAAGGUUCUCAGUUUGAUACAGAUCUGGGCGGAUGCGUUCCGCUCGCAGCAGGAUCUGAAUGGAGUGGUUCUAGUGUAUCAGGAACUCAAGAACAAGGGAAUCGAGUUUCCCGCCACCGAUUUAGACUCACUGGCGCCUAUCUAUACUCCGCAGAGGGUGAGUGGCCGGCUUAGUGUCCCUGAUGGAGCCGCUACAGAAAAUACGAUGUCAGUCUCACCGCAUCACGCGUCCCAAGCACCAAAUUCACCGGCUAUGCCACCGCCAUCAUCAAUGUCACAGGAUCAGAUUGCCAAGCUUCAAUCCGAACUGGAUAUCGUCACUAUGAACAUGACCGUACUGGGAGACAUGCUGACCGAAUUGAAACCCGGUCAGGAAGACCCCUCCGACUAUCAACUGCUGACCGAACUGGUAACCACGUGUCGAGACAUGCAAAACCGAAUCGUCGAACUGAUAGGAAAGGUAAAUCACGACGAGCUCACUGCGGAACUGCUGCGGUUAAACGACGAACUGAACAUCCUUUUCGUGCGGCAUGCCCGUUUCGAGAAGAAUCGCGAUCCGAAGACGGCAUCCUCGACGACCCCGUCGGCUAUCUUGGGAGCGGCGAUGGGUGUGCCCACUGACCUGGUAGCGUCGACCGUCACCACCGGCGACGAUAAGAAGGAAUCGUUGAUCGAUCUCAGCGACGAAGCCAGCGGAGGUGGUACUGCCCUGAGCUCGCAACUGGCUGGACUUAGUUUAGGUGGUCCGGGAGCCACGGCUUCGUCUCAGCUGUCACAGUUGAGCAGUGUACCGGCACAGUCGGGGGCAGCGGCGGUGGCGGCGGCCGGGAACAACAAUACCAAAAGAGGUCUCCCACCGGAUGUCGUGUCCGAUGAGUUUGAUAUGUUUGCACAGUCCCGGAAUACGACUGGGGAAAACACAAAGGAUACUCCAAAGUUGGAUCUGCUGGGACAACCCAAACCGACCCCCUUGAACGCUCAAGAUUCCGAGUUCGAUGAAAUGGAGAAAUGGCUUGGUAACCCGGACGACCUGGAUAACCUGGACCCGUCCGGUGGCAUUGGCAAUGGUGGUCCAGAGGAAAGUCUCACCAGUAAGGAGUUUGAAAAGUUCCUCGCCGAACGAGCAGCUGUCGCCGAUAACCUCCCGUCGAUCUCCAGUCAAAUUGGCAGUGGAGGUUCCAACAGUAACACCACCGCCUCGAAAGAUCGCAAGAAGAAGGACGACGACGAUGGGUUGAUGGCGCUGUGAAUGGUGUGAGUAGUAUUGGUUUUGCAUUACCAAAAGGAGCGGGUGUGGGUGGACGAACGGACGGGCGGUUAUGGUAUGUGAUAGGUGUUGUUUGGGGCGGAUCGAAGUGGGUCGACAACGUUUCAAAAGUAUGUGCUUAUUUUCAGUGAAAAAAUACGUUAUAUAGUUGUGACGCGGGAUGCAGACCAACACACGGGAGCAUUCCUAAAAGUUUUGGGGCUCACAAAGACCCGAAAGCGCCAUAUUUUACUAUAUUCGAUUAGCUGUGUAUUUAUAUUGUUUUCUUCAGUCGUUGAAAGUUUACCGAAAGAAAUGAUCGUAACAAACAUAAAUCUACCAUUUUUGCUAGAUAAGUAUACAUUCGUAGUGUUGUGUACCCUCUCCGCGGGGUCUCUAAUGAUUAAACGUUAAGGUUCGUCACUAGCAACAAACAACAAAAAGAAAAUAGCUUAACUACCAAUAUCCUCUUACAACUUAAUAGAAAAUCAAUUUGAACUCUUGUCUUGUACUCACCUCUUGUAAUAGAACAGCAAAAUAAAAAACGCAAUCACCACUGAGAAAAGCUAAGCAAUUCACCGUAAACGAAUGCUUUGGCGAGUUUAACACAA